AUGAAGUUACUUGUAUGGAACUGUAAAGGUGCUGGGAACAAGGUGUUCAAAUGCAAUUUGCGUGAGAUUAUCUCAAACCAUAAACCAUCUAUUGUAGUUCUCAUGGAAACUAAAGUCCAACUUAGUUCAAUGGGGCUUUUUUUCAACAAGCUGGGAUUCACAGCCUUUACGCAUGUUGACCCAGUGGGCAAGUGUGGUGGUAUUUGGGUGCUGUGGGACCAUUUCAAAGCUACUGUUAUGGCCUUAGAUGCAAACCCACAAGUGAUUCACGCUAAGGUCAAACGAGAUAACUUUCAAGAUUGGAUCCUUUCGGCAGUUUACGCUAGCCCUAACCCGAGAUCCCGAGAUGCUCUUUGGAAUAAUCUGGAGUCCAUGGCUGAUAAUAUUUCUGAACCUUGGCUUGUAGCGGGUGACUUCAAUGACUUCGCGAACCUGAAUGAAAAACGCAGCUUCUCUACAAACCAGGAUCAGACGAGAACCCGUAAAUUCCAGGCCAGGCUAAAUAGAUGUAAGCUCAUGGACUUGGGGUGUUCAAGUCCCCGUCCGACUUGGUCCAAUGGGAGGCAGGGUAUGGCUAAUACACUUGAAAGACUUGACUGA